CCUUUGUUGGGCUCUCUUUAUGAGGAGGGCAUUUUACGUGUAUUAUCUUGUUAACCCUCACAAAACCAGAAGGUUAGUUACUACCCCGUCUUGCAGAAGGUGACUGAUUGGGCUUCCGGUUUCCGCCGUCUCCCCAGCAUCCCACACCCCCCAAAUACUGUGAGUGUUCAUAGAUUGUACAGGAAGAGUCAGCCGUGGGAGAAAUCGGUGCCUGUGCUGGAAAAGCCAAGUGGUACACCUCGUUAUGAACUGAAUAGUAGGCAAUCCACAUCAUGAGGAAACUUACUUCGAGCAAAUCCAGACUUGAUACUCUGCUUAUCAGCACCUUAAAGUUCUUCUCUGUCUGCUGGUUCAGCACGAGUCACAAGAAAAUUAAGCAACCUGCUAGGUCCAGACUCCAGCCUUCAGAGGUUUCAGAACGUGCUGAGAAAUCUUGGCUGAGCAACGUGAAAGGCGAAAGGAGCGAGAAUCUGGACUUGCUUUACUGGGAUGCAGGAUUUCUUUUGAUUGUUUGAAUCAGGAGAGAUGGCCAAACGCACCUUCUCCACGUUAGAGACAUUCCUGAUCUUCCUCCUCGUGUUGAUGACCGCUGUCACGGUAGCCCUUCUCAGCCUCCUGUUUAUCACCAGUGGGACCAUUGAAAAUCACAAAGAUUCCGGUUUUCCGGCCACCCAGAGCUCCCCGACCACCCAGAGCUCCCCAACCAUCCUGGGCUCCACAGCCAGUCAAGGCUUGACAAUCACCAGUGGCUCUAGAACCACCCAGGCACCUCCCGUGAUUACUACUCCAGACCCUCCUCUGUUUCAGAACUUUAGUGGCUACCAUAUUGGUGUUGGGCGAGCUGACUGCACAGGACAAGUAGCAGAUAUCAACUUGAUGGGCUACAGUAAGACUGGCCAGAAUGCACAGGGCAUUCUCACAAGGCUGUACAGUCGUGCUUUCAUCAUGGCGGAGCCCGAUGGGUCAAAUCGAGUGGUGUUUGUCAGCGUCGACAUAGGCAUGGUAUCCCAACGACUUAGGCUUGAGGUCCUGAACCGACUGCAGAGUAAAUACGGCUCCCUGUACAGAAGAGACAACAUCAUCCUGAGCGGCACUCACACUCACUCGGGACCAGCGGGAUUUUUCCAGUAUACCGUAUUUGUCAUCGCCAGUGAAGGGUUUAGCAAUCGAACUUUUGAAUACAUGGUCACUGGCAUCGUGAAGAGCAUCGAGAUGGCGCACAAAAACAUGAAACCAGGCAAAAUCUUUAUCAACAAAGGAAUUGUGGAAGGUGCCCAGAUCAACCGAAGCCCCUCUUCUUACCUUCAGAAUCCUGAGUCAGAGAGGGCCAGGUAUUCUUCAAAUACCGACAAAGAAAUGGUCGUCCUAAAAAUGGAAGAUUUGAACGGAGCUGAACUGGGCCUUCUCAGCUGGUUUGCCAUCCAUCCGGUCAGCAUGAACAAUAGCAAUCAUCUCGUCAAUAGCGACAACAUGGGCUAUGCCUCUUACCUUUUUGAGCAAGAGAAGAACAAAGGCUACCUACCUGGACAGGGACCGUAUGUAGCAGCCUUUGCUUCAUCAAACCUGGGAGAUGUGUCCCCCAAUAUUCUUGGCCCACGCUGUGUCAACACAGGAGAGUCUUGUGAUAAUGCCAAUAGCUCUUGUCCUAUCGGUGGGUCUAGCACGUGCAUUGCUAUGGGACCAGGAGAGGAUAUGCUCAACAGCACGCAGAUUAUAGGACGGAUCAUAUACCAGAGAGCGAAGGAACUAUAUGCCUCUGCCUCCCAGGAGGUCACUGGACCACUGGCUGCAGCUCAUCAGUGGGUGAAUAUGACGGAUGUCACCAUCCAACUCAACUCCACACACACGGCAAAAACGUGUAAACCAGCACUGGGCUACAGUUUUGCGGCUGGGACAGUCGACGGAUUUGGGAGCCUCAAUUUUACGCAGGGGACAACAGUAGGGGAUCCAUUUUGGGACAGUCUUCGGGAUCAAAUCCUGGGCAAGCCAUCUGAAGAAAUCAAACAGUGUCAUAAACCAAAGCCAAUCCUUCUUCAUACUGGAGAGUUGACAAAACCUCAUCCCUGGCACCCAGAUAUUAUUGAUGUUCAAAUUAUCACGAUUGGGUCCUUGGCCAUAACUGCCAUCCCUGGGGAGUUGAUGACCAUGUCUGGACGAAGACUUCGAGAGGCAGUUCAAACAGAAUUUGCAACCAAUGGGAUGCAGAAUAUGACCAUUGUUAUUUCGGGUCUGUGCAAUGUGUAUACACAUUACAUUACCACCUUUGAAGAAUACCAGGCUCAGCGGUACGAGGCGGCAUCUACAAUUUAUGGACCACACACUCUGUCUGCUUACAUCCAGCUCUUCAGAGGUCUUGCGAAGGCCAUUGCUACGGAUACAGUAGCCAACCUGAGCAGAGGUCCAGAGCCUCCAUUUUUCAAACAACUGAUAGCCUCAUUAAUUCCUAAUGUCGUGGAUAAAGCACCAAUAGGCAAAACUUUUGGGGAUGUUCUGCAGCCUCCAAAACCUACAUACAGAUUGGGAGAAGUUGCUGAAGUUACAUUCGUAGGCGCUAACCCAAAGAAUUCAGCAGAAAACCAGACCCAUCAGACCUUCCUCACUGUUGAGAAAUACGAAGCUGCAUCAGCAACAUGGCAAAUAGUGCAUAAUGAUGCCUCCUGGGAGACUCGUUUCUAUUGGCACAAGGGACUGCAGGGUCACAGCAAUGCCAUCAUCCAAUGGCAUAUUCCAGACACUGCCCAGCCUGGAACCUACAGAAUAAGAUACUUCGGACACAAUCGGAAGCAGGACUUUCUCAAGCCGGCAGUCAUCCUUCCAUUUGAAAGCACUUCCUCCACCUUUGAAGUAGUAACUACUUAAUGAAGAGUUGAUAGUUCAUUGAAAGGGCAGCCACACUCUGUAAUUUAUAAAAAUUAUUUCACAUGAAUGUAAACUGUGAUGAUGACUUCGAUAAUUGUCCCUGUUGGGGGACAGAUAGUUUACUGCGAGUGGGAGAGAGGGGUGUGUGUGUAUGUGGGUCCCAUUCGCCUUGCUCUAGGAGCUUCACACCCCUGAUGGUCUAGACCCUAAUGCAUGAUAUCAGGGCCCUGCGGCUAUUUGAAGGAACACGUCCCCUCAAUAUGAAGCCUCUGGAAAAUGAGUGAGUGAGAGUUCUUGGAGGUGUGUGAACCACGGUACACCUAUUUAUGUAUAGAAUUAUUGAAUGUUAGUGCUGGCAAAGUUU